AUGGAAACCAAGUUGAGGGCACUUAGCUAUAUCGUAUUUCUUGUGCUGGUAACAUGGAUUUCAAGAGGAAGAGCUCAAGAUAGCACUUGCCUAAACAAGCUUGCACCUUGUUUACGCUACCUUAAUGGCACCCAAGACGUACCUGAUAGCUGCUGUGAUCCAUUGAAAUCAGUGAUUGAAUCAGACUCAAAAUGCCUAUGUAGCUUGGUAAGCAACAAAGGCACAAGGCAAGCUGAGGAGGCAGGUGUUAAUAUCAAUGAGGCUCAGAAUUUGCCCGGUAGAUGUGGCCAGCAUGUGAAUCCAUUGUCCUGCCUCACAAAUUCCCCUGGUUCCUCUAACUCAGAUCAAAACUCAGCGACCAAGUUGAUGCUUGUGACUCAGGGUUUCAUAAUGAUCUCAGCCUUGUCAAUUAUUGCACAUAUUUAA